GGGGCCUUAUCAAAUGUAGGUGCCCCAAGUAUUGCCUGUCUGAAGCAAACGAUAAAUUACUGCUAAAACACUACCGGCUUUACUGAGGACACCUAUGAGCUGUCUGCGCACCGACUCAUAGCUGCUGGUUAGGAGGACAUACGAUGCAGACAGAUAACCAUUGCUGAUAAGAUAAUCUCAGGAAUCUCACAGUCCAGAGAACCUCGGAAAGGUUUCCUAUGUGAACAACAUUGGAAUGAGGAAACAACGGAACCAUUGCCAUAAGCCAUUCUUCCAGUCCUCCCUUUAUGCAGAAUGGCCGCUCGGCGUGCCCUUAAGGCUGUGCUGGUGGAUCUGAGUGGCACUCUCCAUGUCGAGGACACUGCUAUACCUGGGGCUCAGGAGGCUCUGAAGAGAUUGCGCGAUGCUCCGGUUGCCAUACGGUUUGUCACCAAUACGACCAAAGAGUGUAAGAGGACUCUGCUGGAGAGAUUGAGGAGGCUGCAGUUUGAUAUCAGUGAAGACGAGAUCUUCACAUCUCUGACUGCCGCCAGGAACCUGCUGGAGCAGAAAAAUGUCCGUCCCAUGCUGCUAGUGGACAAUAGUGCUCUGCCGGACUUUGAAGGAAUCGCCACCGACAGUCCCAACGCGGUGCUGAUAGGAUUAGCUCCAGAACACUUCAACUACCAAAGCAUGAAUCAGGCCUUCAGACUGGCGCUGGAUGGCGCUCCCAUCAUAGCCAUACACAAGGCCAGGUAUUACAAAAAGAAAGAUGGCCUAGCACUGGGUCCUGGUCCAUUUGUAACAGCUUUGGAAUAUGCAACAGACACAAAGGCCACAGUGGUGGGGAAACCAGAGAAGACUUUCUUCCUUGAAGCCCUGAGGAGCACAGGCUGCUGCCCGGAGGAAGCUGUCAUGAUAGGGGAUGACUGCAGGGAUGAUAUUGGGGGCGCACAGGACACUGGCAUGGUGGGGAUUCUAGUAAAAACUGGCAAAUACAGGAAAGGCGAUGAGGCCAAAAUCAACCCAUCGCCUCAUCUGACCUGUGACGACUUUCCUCAGGCUGUGGAUCACAUACUGAAGAAUCUGCUGUGAAGACGUGACUAUGGAAUGAAUAGACUCCCAUCACAACUAAUAGGACUCCCCUGUGAAAUAAAAAAGAUUCACAAUAAUUUCCUGUAAACUGCAGGAGGCAGACAAAUACACCCUAUACAGCAUGCCGAAUAGUGAUUUGGAGGUGGGUAAAGCCUGCAUGGCCCUAAAGUGUACUUAAAGCAUCAGGAAGUCUCUAUUAUUCAUUUUAAGACAUAAUUUAGAGAAGAACCUUUGUGAAGUCUUUACCUUCAUAGUUCUGCCAUUUGUGAGGUGGACCUCUCCUCCUUCCCCUAUUACUUACUAAGGCCGGGUUCACACAGCCGGAAAAAGCUAGUGGAUAUUCUGUACCUUUUAAUAAUCUGGUGCUAGGACCACUCCGUUUCUUAGACUGCAAUGCAUUUCUGAGUGGAAUCAGCAGAAACAAGUCUAUUCUGUAUGUGGAUGCCGGAAUUAGGGUUUCUGCCGUGUGCAAGGUGCAGCAGAAUCCCAUUGAAAUCAAUGGGACUCUGCUGCUGUGGAAUAAUGCGCAGGCUUUCUGCCAUGUGAACAUACCCUUACAGGGUGUUGUCAUGGUCUGCCAUGUUGGUGCUCGUUCACAUUGCCAGUGUGCUCCACUAAAGGGAGUUAAGCAAAGAAAAAAAAAAAAAUAAAUAAACACUGCAUGUCCUAUUUCUUUCUCCACUCAACUCCAGUAAAAUACUGGACCCCAUUUAAGUCAAUAGGACCCGUCAGACCUGGCGGUGUCAGUUGUGCUGUGACCCAUUCUGGGUCUAUUCGGCACAACAAAACAAAGCCGUACGGACCCUAAACGGGUUGGAGCGCAAUGGCAGUGUGAACUUAGCCUUACAAAUACUCUGGAGCUGGUGCUUGGUCCCUGACAGAGACUGUCUGCAUGAUUCAGUGCUGAUGCUGCUGUAAUCACAUGACUUCAUUUACUAACAAGUUUGUUCGAUCCCUUCAAAAUGUCACUAUCAUUAAAUAAAUAAAUAAAUAAACUUUUGCCAUGUGAUAGAGACAAGGCAAAAGUUUUAAUCAGUGGAAUGAGCCGAAAGAAGCACACAGCUAAGAAUUUCUCUUCCUGACUCAGUCAGGCUCCAUAGACUUCUAUAGAGUCAGUCUCCUUCUGUAUAUGGGAAGAGAAGCACUCUAGUGCUCCUGGUUGCUAUGGGCAACUGCACCACACUAGACAGACAGGCUUUGAUAAAUCUCCCCCCACAGUUUUUCUUCAGCUGGAACCAGGACCUAUGUCGGGGUGGAGGGAAUUAUGAACAGUUCCAAAUAUCAGGCAAUCCUGGCCAAAAACCUUCAGGUGUCCAUUAAAAGAUGAAGUUCACCUUUCAGCACUACAACGACCCAAAGCACGCAUCUAAAUCCACAAAAACUUGGAUUCUCCAGAAGAAAAUUAAACAUUUUUGAAUGGUCCAGCUGGAGCCUAGACCUUUAAAAGGGUCCUUCCUGUGGAGUCGGUAGAUAAAUGUUCAGACUCCGACUCCGCAGUUUUUUGUACUUCCAACUCCUCUGUAUUAAUAUGUGAAUGUAUUUUAUAUAUUCCUUGAAGGAAAGAAAGGUAACAUACCUGUCAUUACCACAGGACUACUGGCUGGGAAGCCAACAGUCUACUGUAUUGGACAUUUUAAAGGGGUACUCCGUUACCUUGCUAUCGGUGCUCCGCUUUCCAGCGUCCGGAAGUUAUUGUUCUGAACGAUGUGUGUGCGGGCUUCCGUGUUCAGGGCUGCCCCUCGUGACAUCACACCCCGCCCCCUCAACGAAAGCCUAUGGGAAGGAGGCGCGACGGCCGUCCCGCCCCCUUCCUAUAGACUUUUGUUGAGGGGGCGGGAAUGACGUCACUAGGGGGCGGGCGUGACAUCACCAGG